AUGAUGUCCCCAGAUGACUACACCGUCGGAUGGAUCUGCGCCCUCCCUUUGGAGAUGGCUGCAGCAAGACGUGUUUUGGAUGCGACUCAUCCUCCACUUCGCACACCUCGCCACGACCAGAAUUGCUACCAGCUAGGUGAAAUUAAUGGUCAUAAUGUUGUUAUCGCAUCCCUGCCAGCAGGGAUUUAUGGAACGACCUCUGCAGCAGUCGUCGCUACCCAUAUGUGCGUAGCAUUUCCCGCCAUCCGGAUCGGGCUUAUGGUAGGCAUCGGAGGCGGUGUUCCAUCACUCGGUACAGAUAUCAGGCUUGGCGAUGUUGUCGUCAGUCAGCCGCAAGGACAAUUUCCCGGUGUUGUUCAGUAUGAUACCGGUAAAACAAUGUCGUCUGAUCAAUUCGAGCGUACCGGGACAUUGAAUAUGCCUCCAGCUGAGCUUCUCACAGCACUGGCAAAGGUUCAAGCAACCCGUAUGGUAGAAGGCAGCGAGCGAUUUCAGUCAUAUAUCUCAAAGGCAGUGGCUACAGAGACGCAAGCAAGUCCAGAUUCUUUCCACAGGCCAGCGGAGGGACACGAUCACCUUUAUGAUGCUAGUUACACUCAUGAAAAUUCCGCCAGUGACCGCGCCAACUGCGAUGAAUGCGACCGUACCAGAAUCGUAGCCAGGCGGCCACGGACCUCGGAAGAACCUCGUAUACACUAUGGAACCAUUGGGUCGGGCAAUCAAGUCAUGAAGGAUGCCCAAGCUCGAGAUCAACUUGCUGGUCAACUCGGCAUCUUAUGUUUCGAAAUGGAGGCUGCCGGUUUGAUGAACCAUUUUCCGUCCUUGGUAGUGCGUGGCAUUUGUGAUUAUGCAGACUCACACAAGAAUAAAGAAUGGCAAAGAUACGCGGCUCUGGCAGCAGCAGCUUUUGCUAAAGAGCUUUUAUGUGAAGUGCCAGUACAUGCAUACAAUGAUGGUAUCACUUUUGGCAAUGGUUCAUUCACGGACGAUGAAUUCGAUGUUCGAUUCAGAUCAAUCGACAUGCCUCCUGUUCGUCAUUUUGUUGGCAGAGAAGCGGAGAUGGCUCAAAUAAAACAGGUUCUCCAGCCUGACAGCGCAAAGCAGACUGUUAUUCUCCUUGGUAUUUCGGGGAUCGGCAAAACGCAAAUUGCUCUGGCAUACAUCAUGCAAAAUUUGCACAACUACUCCGCCAUAUUCUGGCUCGAUGCCUCUGAUGAAUACCGUCUCGCCUGUAGCUUUCUGGAAAUGGCAGAUCGCAUAACCAAAGAUCAUGACUCCUUAUCUGCCCUUCAGAAAAUCGUUUACUCGCGCAAUGCCACUGCCGCUGUUCCCGCAAUCAAAAGAUGGCUUAGCUUAUCAGGCAAUGACAAGUGGCUCCUGGUGUAUGACUGCUAUGAGGUUGAUGGUAUAGCCGACGCCGAUGACCAAUCUGAUGCAUGUGGCCUUACGAGAUUUUUUCCAGAUGUACAGCAAGGGCAUAUAAUAAUUACCACGACAAAUCCAGGCGUGAAUCUGGGAACCGAAGUACCAGUGAAAAAGCUUCGUAACACGGAGCAGAGUCUUGAGAUAUUGUCUCGAACUUCAGAGAGACCAGAUCUAGGCAAAGAGCCGUAUGCUCAUGACCUAAUCAAGGAAUUGGAUGGAUUCCCACAGGCCCUUUCCAGUGUUGGAGCCUACAUCAAGAACAGUAAUAUCAGCUGCCGUGACUACCUGGAAAUUUAUCAGGCUCAGUGGUCGGAGCAGGUGCCGGAGAAUCCCCCGCCAACAUUUCCAGUACAUGUCGCAUGGGAGAUCACCAUGAAAGAAAUCAAUCGCAAAAAUCCAAAUGCAGCAUAUCUAGCGAAUUACUGGUGCAUUUUCAGUAACCAGGAUAUUUGGGCUGCACUUCUACGACGUGGGGGGUAG